AAAUAGCAGGCCAGAGGCAAGCUAGGUUUGCAAAAUUGGAGUGCCGCACACCUCUCUUCUUUACGAAUAAGAACCCGGCGUCUAGGAUUCUUCUCUCUCGGAACAUCUACUUACAAAAUGUCCGCAUCAUCUAAAUCCAGAUCAAGCGCGCCGGUGCUUCCGAUGACAAGCGGCUUCCAGCAAUCGAUGUCUCUCUCUGAUCGUUUCUAUACGCCGGCUUUCUCUUUGCCGGAAAUGUCCUCCUCCUCUUCGUCCUUAUCUGCCCAAUCGUCCAACUUCUAUCCCCGCUCCACUUCCCCCACUCGCGUAAGCCUCAUCGGAUCGUCACAACCGUCCCCCUCCGUCCGCUUCGCCAUUGACCGACCAACUUCACCUGGCCGUUCAAUGUCAGCCAUCACGAGCCGUGAUCCUAUUGUUCGCCCUCCUAUAUCUUCCUCAGUCCGACGCAAGACCUGCAUGUGCUCGCCGACCACUCACCCGGGAUCCUUCCGCUGCAGCCUCCAUAAGGGUCUCAGUAAUCAACAAACUGCGGCAUCAGUAUCGUCGCCGUCCAAUCGGCUCAAUGCCCGUCGAUCGGCGAUGACAAACUCGCUUGUUCGGAUCGGGACAGUUGAGGGCGAGUUGGUCAGAAGGGCCCUCACUGCGCUAAUCCGCCCUUCAUCGCAUCAUCAACGACGGAGAGCAGACUUCCAGCCCAGGCAAAGUCGGCUUUCCAAGAUGUCCAAGGCCGACGAUCUAUGAUCGUCGAAGGAAAGGGUUGAAGUUCUCGAAGCAGGUUUGUUGUUAUGAUACCCAAAAUACACAAACCCUUCAUCUCCACCCUUCACUGCCGGCGGCGUAUCUUCUGAUCGGAGUCUUCGAUUUUGUUUCCUUUACCGAUUUCUUUUAUUGUAAUGAGAAAUCCAGAGGAGGUAAGCAGCAGUAAGGCGGAAAUGAUCAAAUCCGUCAUAUAUUGCACAUAAUGCUCUAUCCUAGUCAGCGAUGGCUAGGAAAUCAGAUUUGCAGAAAUGAGAACUGGACACAGUGGACGCCAUCUAAUUAAAUUGCCGUGAUACGAGUCUGCAGAAUCGCAAUAAGAUUUAUUCGUCGACGUUUCCUCCGGCGUCGGUUUCGUCGUCGUCGCUCAAUUCGAGUCCGUAGUAGUUACGUUCCGGUCAUCUUCCCCGACGAGGUGUAUGCAGCUUUGGGGCUCACCUCUUCCUCCAGUUGUUGAAGCUCUUCGAAUCACCCUCUGCCUCCUAUCCAACAGGGGAAAUUAUUGGGUUCGGACACCGCAUGUGUUCGGAGCCAAAUGAAAAUGCGUCACAUCAUCUACUACUUGGUAUUGGGCUCGGUACUGACACUACUAGAAAGUUGAAUUUUUCGCACCAGUUAUUAGUAGUGGUUUAAGAACCGCUUCUAAAAAUGUCUUUUUGCACCGGUUUUAACUGAUGCAAAUACCUCAUUUAACCCCGCUAGCCUCUGCCCAAAGCUCUAAUUCGCGCGAACUA